AUGGCUGCACGAGAAUCUGGUAGAAUAAAAGAUGCAUAUCAAAAGAGAGUGCUCGACGAUGCUGCUCGUAAACGUAGGCAGAAGAAAGCAUUGGAAGCUUUGGAACAAGAUAAUUUUCACGAUGACCCGCACGCGGAUCUAGUAAUGAGCAAGAAAGUUCCAAAGUUUCAAGAGACUCUAGAUAACAGAGGUGGUAGAAAGAAGAAAACUAGAUCGGCAGAAUAUUACAAGCAACGUUUUCGUAAAAGUUUUGCCCAAUUAGUCGAAGAGGAUCUGAACGUUAACUCGAAUUGCCCUAACUACGUUUCCGCUCAAGCACCUCCGUCGCGCUUUCCUGAAAGACAGUUUUGCGCAGUUUGCGGUUUUCCUAGUAAUUAUACAUGUAUUCCUUGCGGUGCAAGAUAUUGUAGCAUGAAAUGCUUAGGUACUCAUCUCGACACAAGGUGUUUAAAAUGGACAGCUUAAUUUUGUAAGACUAUUAAUAAAAUUAAGAUCAAACGAGUAUUUAUAUCAAAUAAAUUUGAUUAUUUUUGUAUGAAUAA